AUGGCUGGACAGGUCAUUCAUCUCGCCAGUGCUGUUUGUCUAUCCAUCUUAUCUGUUACCACAGUUUCAAGCAACCUACUUCUUCUUAUUGCCGUUUGGAAAGAUCCGCUUAAAUGUUUUAGCUCUCCAACGACGAGUUUCAUUGUAGGUAUAAGUUUAGCGGACCUUGUCACUGCUCUUACUACGGAACCGUUCUUCGCAGCGUAUUACUAUGUGGUGUACACUGAGGGAAGGGACGCAGUCAAUGGUGUCUUACAAACGCUCUUUACGGCAGGAAGCAACAUAUCCUCUGUGGCUAUCUGUUAUUCUUUUUUGAUCGUGUUGGCUUUGUCCUGGGCUCAGUACAUAGCCAUAAAAUGUCCGCACAGUUUUAAAAAAGUCGUUACUAGGAGAAACGCCAUUAUAUUCAACAUGCUCAGUUUGUUUUACUUGUUGUCUUUCAUGAGUCUUCAAUUUGUGGGAAUCAUGGAUCAAUUCACUUUUUUAAAACUCAGUCUAGCCCUAAACACUUCUUUCCUAUCUAUUAACUUGAUGGUGAUUCUGUUUUUAUUAAACGCAGCUUUCCGACGCCAUUUGAAGAGAAAACGCGCUUUUGAACAGCACGAGGAAAGCUCUUCGCCGCGAAGCAGUCGAAAAACCCGCCGCGAAAAUCUACAGCAGCAAUUUACAGCAGUGGCGAUGUAUUUAGCUGCUAUUUUGCUCUUAUCCGCGCUGCCACAUGUCAUUACAGCUCAAAUAUUCCUUUAUCUAUCAGACGAGCUUUCUCCUCAGGCCAAUGAAAACAUUCAGAUUGCUCUCGAAAUCUCCGAUCUGUUGUUGUUUGUAAAAGUGUGCCUGGACGCGUUUGUCUACGCAUGGCGCCUACCAACAUAUCGUCGAACGAUGAGAAUGCUUUUUUUUCGGCGGGCAAAGGAAAGGAACGGGUACAUCAACGGGAGACACGCCAACCGUUUUACAGAAGUUUCGCUUUCGCCGCAGUAA